CUCGCUCCUUUCCUCCAUCCGCCCAAUGCGGUUCACAUCGCGCAAAGGCAAGACGCGGACAGCGCCGCCCCAUGUAUCCUCCAGAGAGGCGUCUCUUGAAACGUCGACUGUCGCGCCCUUGCCUUCCAAGGGCAUCGCCUCCACCCCACCACCCAAAGGCGAGGCACGCAGCAGCAGCACCGCAGAAAAGGCACGGGAGGCGCGAACCAGCGGUGCGGCUGCGGACAAGGCGGCGCUGAUCGAAAAGCUGGAGAAGCUUCAGGAGGAGGCGGCCUCCAUUCGCCAGCGGCUGGACCGACAGCACAACUUGGAGCUCGGCGGCUCGACGACAUCCUCGCCGCGAGGGGAGGAGGAGGCGGCUUCAAACCGGUCGUCAAACGGCGAGCGGCGCUCCUUCUUCUCGCAGCCGGCGCGCGCGGAGGAGCGCAGCCCCGUGGACAGGCGCGGCAAGGCGUGGGGCAGCGGCAGCGGGAGCCUCUUCGAGCGGCUGGGCAAGGAGAGGUCAGCGAGCGCGGGCGGCCUCUCUGGCCUGUCGGGUGGGCUGCGGCGGAUGGCGCCCCUCCGCAACGUCGCUGCGGUGUCGAGCGGCUGGAUGUCGUUUGGGCCUCGCCUCUCGACGGCUGUGCCGUCGCGCACUUCCGCCAACGCCGCCGCGCCCGUGCAGCAGGACCUGCUCGCGAUGCUGCGACGCGGCCGCAAGCGCGCGCAAUACAGCUCGCGAGGCCCGGCGGAGGAGGCGGCGCUGUACGACGGGCCGCUGCGCAGCGCGCGGACCAGGAGCGCGAUCCGACUGCUGCCGCGGGGCGGCGCGGUCUGCGAGACGCGUCACGGGCCGAUACAGUUCGGCGCGCCGCCCGAGACGAUCAAGGACGCGAUGCAGCUGGGGGCGGAGGUGCCUCGCAUCUUUGUGGUUGGCAAGGAGCGCUUCAACCUGCGCUUCGGCACAAACAUGGCCGACUUCGAGUUCCCGGGCUUUUACAACUUCUUCCUCAAGGGCUCGCAGACCACGGUCGUCGGCUCUGCCGAGGCGCUCGAGGAGAUCCGCCAGGUGAUGCACGAGACGCUCGAGGGGCCGGCACCGGACCAGUACUUCCAGGACGAGGAGUACUCGCCCUUCUGCGACCCGGCCAUCUACGCUGCGAGGCCGGACCUGCACAAGGAGAUCUGCUUCUUCAAGGAGCCGCGCAACGGCCGCCGCAUCGCGGUGGAGACGCUGUUUGCCCUCGAGCCCUUCCAGGAGAGGCCCGAGGAGGGCGACAAGGUGAUCCCAUUGCGCCACAAGAUUGCGUGCGGCCUCGAGCCAGAGGCGCUCGCCGCGGCGUUCAAGUUCGAGGAGACCAAGGGGUGGGUCGCCAUCGUGGACAGAGGCGAUUGGUACGACGUGCUCGCCGACGGGGAGGUCGUCGCCUCGGUGCCCGACUGGCUCGCGUCUGCGAUGCCCGACCCGCCCUACGUGCUGAUGCCGACCGUCUCAGUCGGGCCGCCCGCGUUCGAGGCGCCCGAGUUCGGCAUCACCGUCUUGGGCGCGGCUGAUGGCUUCGCAAAGAGCGAGGCGACAGCGGGCUUCAUCCUCUGGAUGCGCGGCCGUGGGGUAUUGGUCGACCCACCGGCGCACUCGGCGCACUUUCUGCGGCUCAAUGGCAUCUCGUCUCGCCGCAUCACCCACGUCAUCCUCACGCACACGCAUUCGGACCACGACGCGGGCACCUUCCAAAAGAUCCUGAUCGAGCAGCGCGUGACCGUGCUCACCACGCGCACGAUCAUGGCCGCGUUCGUGCGCAAGUAUGCGCUCGUCUCCGGGAUGAGCCCCGACUUUUUGCAGCGCCUCUUCUCCUUCCACUCGGUCAAGAUCGGCGAACCAGUCCACUUCCAGGGCGGCUCCAUCAAGUUCUUCUACUCGCUGCACAUCCUGCCGUGCAUCGGAUUUCGCGCCGAGCUCGCUGGCCGCUCGAUCGUCUACUCGGCCGACACGUGCUUCAACCCGCAGGUGCUCGACCAGCUGGAGGAGCGCGGGAUCCUCUCGGCGGAGCGAAAGGCCUCGCUCUGCUCCGACUGCUCCGUCCAGCCAGCUGACCUGCUGCUGCACGAGGCGGGGGUGCCGCCGACACACACGCCCAUCUCGGCGCUGGCGGCGCUGCCCGAGAGCAUUCGGAGAAACGUGCGGCUGAUCCACAUGUCGGACGAGCGAGCGGCCGGGAGCGGCUUUGCAAAGGUGCGGCCCGGCCUCGAGCACACCAUCUGCAUCGACGCCGAGCCGCCACGCCACGCCGAGGCCAAGCAGAUCCUGCAGAUCCUGCAGGCGACCGACCUCUUCCGAUCCUUCGACGUCGCUUCGGCGUGCGACGUCCUCGCCUGCAUUGUCCCACGCUCGUACACUGCCGGUGCAAUCAUCUGCCGCGCGGGCGAGGCCGGCCCCGCACUGCUGCGCAUCGUGCGCUCCGGCGCCGUGCAGUACGCAGGCAUCAGCGGCGCGACGCGGACCCUCGGGUAUUGUGACUACUUUGGGGAGGGCGAAGUGAUGCUUACCGAUGGGCGCCACCGCGCCACCGCCACCGCGAUGACCGACGUCGAGAUGCUCGAGAUCGAGCGCGGCGAUGUGCAGUACCUCUUGCGGCGCCGGCCGCAGCUACUGCAUCGCAUCCAGCAGCGCGCGCAGCUCUUGGACCACGCCCCGUCCUGGGCGGCCAUCGGCGCCAAUUCGGUCUUUGCCAGCUUCUCGAUGUCCCAGGUGACGCAGCUCCAGUCGGUGAUGCGUGAGGAGACGGUGCGGUGCGGCGACGUCGUCUGGAAGAAGGGCAAGGAGGUCUGCGACUCGGUGCUAGUCGGCGACGCAGAGCUUGCCUUCCGGGAGCUCCCCGACGCGAGUGGCGUCUCGGAUGAGGACCUCGAGCCGUUCCGGGCGGGCGCACUCCUCGUCAAUGUCUAUGCGCUGGAGCAGCGGCUGCCGCACGAGAUGACGCUGACCGCGGUGACCGCGGGCACCAUCUUCCGCAUAGCAAGCGCCGACUUGUUUGAGCUACUCGACCACAAUCCUGGGGCGUUCAUCUGGAUGCGCGACGCGCUCGUGGUCUGCUGAGAUCGUAGUGUGCUCGAGUACGUGCGUAGAUUAUCUGUCGAUUGCCUUGAAUCCUUCAUGUGCGCCCCCGCAGAUUACCGAUCAUGUCGAUGCAUGUGUGUGUGAGUCGGUGACGGUGUGUACCCCGCUACACGGAGCGCCUGUGCUGUGCGCGCCUCACACGUGUGUCUGUUCUCUCUCUUACCUAUCGCGUGUAUCGCAGCUCCUAAACGUCUAUGUUUCUGCAUCGCGCAUAACGUACAUAUGC